AUGAAGUUCAAAACCAUCAAGGGGUUGAGCCAAACGUUUGUUGACUAUGAAACCAAAAAUCAAUAUCAUGUCCCCGGAGCUCGACCGCAAAGCUCGUCCAUGGCGAUAGCUAUAGGUACAUUUGCUGCGGUUGGUGGGUUUUUAUAUGGCUAUGACACCGGUCUUUCCAAUAACGUCUUAUCCAUGCACUAUGUGGUUACCCAUUUUAGCAAAAAUGGGACUUCUUUCAGUGCCAUUGAACGAGCCAUCGCCACUGCUUCACUUUCGUUGGGUACUCUAGUCGGGGCAAUAUUCUCGCCGUUGUUAACCGAUGCAUUGGGCCGUAAAAUGGCCAUUUUGAUCUCCUCGUUGGUGGUGUUCAAUAUCGGUAAUAUUUGUCAAAUAUCGUCUACAACAUUGGCCCUCCUUUGUGUGGGAAGGGUCAUCACCGGGUGUGGGAUUGGUAUAUUAUCUGCAACAGUUCCGCUCUACCAAUCUGAAGCGUCGCCCAAAUGGGUCAGAGGUGCGAUUGUUUCUACUUAUCAAUGGGCGAUCACCUGGGGACUCUUAUGCUCCAGUGCCAUUUCCCAAGCUACUUAUAAAAUGAACAACACAGGGUCUUAUCGAAUCCCCAUUGGCUUGCAGUCGGGCUGGGCCAUUCUUUUGAGUAUUGGGGUGUUCUUCUUACCCGAAUCCCCUCGGUUCUACGUGAUGAAGAAUAGAAUUUCUGAUGCUGCCCACUCUCUUAGUAUAUUGAGAAGAGUUCCUGAAGAUGAUCCGGGGUUAAUCGAGGAAUUGGUCGAUAUCAAAGCCAAUUAUGAUUUCACCAUGUCAUUGUCAGCAUACUCAUUCAUAGACUGUUUCAGAAGUGGACCAGGACGAAGUAAACAAGGACUUCGGAUGGUAACUGGUAUCGUUCUCCAAGGUUUGCAACAGGCGUCCGGGAUCAAUUUUAUCUUUUAUUAUGGGGUGUGGUUUUUCGUGGAAACCGGAGUAGUUGAUAAAUCAUACUUGUACAGCUUUGUGACCUACGCCGUCAAUGUUGUUGGAACGGUGCCCGGAAUCUUUCUUAUUGAAUUAAUUGGUCGAAGAAAAUCUUUGAUGUUUGGAGCCAUCGGCAUGACAAUAUCCUCAUUUAUCAUUGCCAUUGUGGGUACGGCUCAAGGAUCUUCUAUCACAACCAAUAAAGUCAUGUUGGCAUUUGUUUGUACGUUCAUUUUGUUUUUUGCCUCGACUUGGGGUCCGGGAGUCUGGGUUGUUACUUCGGAAAUCUUCCCAUUAGGAAUCAGAGGCCGUGCGGUGUCUUUGUCAGCCGCUACCAAUUGGCUAGUUAAUUUUGCGUUUGCCUUUCUGACCCCGUACUUAAUUGAUGGGAAUGCAAAAUCUGAUACUUCCAUUUCGUUGGGGAUGAAGAUUUUCUUUCUCUGGGGAGGGGUGACGACAUUUGCCGCGAUUUUUACAUACUUUGCGAUUUAUGAAACCAAGGGUCUAAAAUUAGAAGAGAUCGACGAUAUGUAUAGCAGCUGCAAAAGUGCCAAAGAUUCCGUGAAUUUUGUUCCCAAAUCUGAUGUUGACUACGACAAUGAAAGCUGCGAAAGAAUUAGAUACGCCAUCACCAAUGAGGUUGGGAAUUAUAAUCAUGAGGACCAUGACCUUGCUGACUUGCCUCGUGGGGCAGGGGAAAACAAGUAUGUCAGUAGCGGUAGUGGAACGGUUAUUGGCAACGAUGAUAGUGCCAAACCCAGUGGCUUUGUCGAGUCUUUGCGACUCACUGGAAGUCAUAAUCCUAGUGAUGUUGAGAAUUAUGGUCAUACCAAUCAGUCAUCAGAUGGUAAUAAUAACCUAUUAUCGGAUAGCUCGACCAUUAUGAGAUCAGCAACCGAUAGCCACCAUGCCAUGGCGAAUAAUGAGCCCCAACCUCUAGCUAACUUGACUAGCAGCGAACUGUCUGCUAAUUGGGUACAUUCAAGCGAUAAUGAUACAGGAAGUAGAGACAUGGUUAACUACGGAUUCUUGCGUACCGAUAUUGCUCCUUCAAUAUCUACUGGGAGUGAUUCUGCUAGCUCGGUGUCUGAUGCGGAUAUGCAGUUUGCCGCUAGUCAGGAUUUAAGGGAGUACGUGAAUAAUAUCCAGUCUAGGCAGUUUGAGCAAUACAAUGGUAGUAAUGACAACCAUGAGGCUGGACCAGAAAGACGCCACGAAUAUUUAAGCAAUUUGAAUAUUGAAUUGACGGAAAAUGAUUCGGGUGAAGAAUCUACCAGUGAUAUAUCAUCAAAUGAGGGUGAUUAA